AUGUCAUACUCCUCGAUGGCAGUGCGAUUUUUUACUGCGCCCAAACCACUCGGUGCCACUAUGGAAGACAGUAAACAGUCUGGUGUCGAAUCUCAAGGCCAGACGGUCAUGAGACCGAAUGUGCCUACUAAGCAACCAUCUUCCGAUGUUGCCGCUCCUCAUACUCCACUGAAGCAGGGCUUGACUUUUGCAAAUCAGGAUUCGCUACCAAAGUUGCCUAUUCCUGACCUGGAGGAUUCCUGUCGCCGUCAUCUGGACGCACUGCAGGCCUUGCAAGGUCCCCGUGAACAUGAAGAUACCAAGGCCGCUGUUCGUGACUUUUUGAAGAACGACGGUCCGCUUCUACAAGAACGACUGAAGACUUACGCUGGUUCUAAAACCAGCUACAUCGAACAAUUUUCGGUCGUUUUGAACCUCAACCCAUUCUUCCUCUUGGAAGAUGACCCAACACCUGCGAGAAAUCACCAGGUGACUCGAGCUGCCUCACUGGCUAUUUCAGCGUUGGCUUUCGUUCGGGCUGUGCGUCGUGAAGAGCUCCCCCCGGAUACUGUGCGCGGAACACCCUUGUGCAUGUACCAGUACUCAAGACUCUUUGGAACCGCACGUCUACCAACUGAGAAUGGCUGUGUUAUUAGCCAAGACCCAUCAGCCAAGCAUAUGGUGGUUAUGUGUCGGGGCCAAUUUUAUUGGUUCGAUGUCCUUGAUGACAACAGCGAUCUCAUCAUGAGUGAGAAGGAUAUCUCUCUUAACUUGCAGGUUAUCAUUGAAGAUGCUGCACAAACCCCUAUUCACCACGCGGCCAAGGGGGCUCUGGGUGUUCUCAGUACAGAGAACCGGAAAGUUUGGUCGGGACUACGGGAUAUCAUGACCAAAGACGCAAGGUCCAACAACGCCGAGUGUUUGAACAUUGUUGAUACUGCACUGUACGUCCUGUGCUUGGAUGACACAGAACCCUCUACGACGGCAGAGCUCUGCGCAAACAUGCUUUGCGGCACGAGUGAAGUCAUCAAGGGUGUGCAGGUUGGAACUUGUACCAAUCGUUGGUACGACAAGUUGCAAAUAAUUGUCUGCAAAAACGGCAGUGCGGGUAUCAACUUUGAGCACACCGGCGUGGACGGACACACGGUGCUUCGUUUCGCCAGUGACGUAUACACUGACACUAUCCUCCGCUUUGCGAAGACCAUCAAUGGUCAGGCCCCAAGCCUGUGGGCAACCAGCAGUCCCGACCCAGCCAAGCGUGACCCAAGCAGCUUCGGUAACGUGAGCACAACACCUCGCAAACUUGAAUGGGACAUGACACCUGAGCUCAACAUCGCUCUCCGCUUCGCUGAAUCUCAUCUAUCCGAUCUCCUCUACCAGCACGAAUUCCAGGUUCUUGACUUUGAAGGCUUCGGGAAGAACUUCAUCACUUCAAUGGGCUUUUCGCCCGAUGCUUUCGUGCAAAUGGCCUUCCAGGCCGCUUACUACGGUCUUUAUGGACGAUUAGAGAACACUUAUGAGCCAGCGAUGACAAAAAUGUACCUUCACGGCCGCACCGAAGCUGUAAGAACUGUGACACAAGAAUGCAUGGACUUUGUCACGGCAUUCUGGGGCGAGAACGCUGCCGAGCAAAAGGUCGACGCUCUUCGUACCGCAACCCAAAAGCACACAGCCGCUACAAAAGACUGCUCAAAGGGUCAAGGUCAAGACCGCCACCUUUAUGCUCUUUACUGUCUCUGGCAGCGCUCCUUCGACGAUGGCUUCGAACCCAGUUCUGGCGAUAACUCAGAAACCCACAGCCACCUCGACUCACCGACACUCUCCCCCUCGGAAGACAGUCUGUCCUCGCCAGGUAGCUCACGUGCUUAUCGUACCACGGCUCCAACACCUGCAAUCUUCGCCGACGCAGGCUGGGACAAGAUUAACAACACUGUUCUUUCAACCUCGAACUGCGGAAACCCCUGUCUUCGCCACUUCGGUUUCGGUCCCACCUCUGCCGACGGCUUCGGUAUCGGAUACAUUAUCAAAGAUGACUCGAUUUCUUUCUGCGCUUCAUCGAAGCAUAGACAGACUGGUCGUCUUAUGCAUACCCUUGAGCAAUACCUUUUCGAAAUCCGGAAGCUGUUGCGUGCUACAAAUCGCAAGGCGAUGAGUCCACGAACUAGCCGUGCCCGUGAGACAGAAUCUAUGGCGGAGAAUCUACAAUCCGAGACCAAUCGUCGGGGGCGUAUUGUUCGUGGUGGUAGUAGUAUGGGUGGUGCUGAUACACCAACUUCUGCUGCGGAGAGUUCUUAUAUUGAGGAUGAUGGCAUGGGCGGAUAUGGUUUCUUCGAUGCCGGGAUGCUACUGCAUGCCCUGAAGGGUCUUGGUGCGGAUCGUGAGUCGCGUGAGAAGCCUCCAAAGAGAAGGUUUGUGGGAAAGAAGCUUCAUCUCAAUGAAUAUUGA